AAAUCAACGCUGUGCACGAUUUGAUGGGUAACACUUUUGUGAUUCAGUCAGUGUAUUUGUUGUUGAUGCGUAGCUUGGCGACCGAAUUUCUUGAAUAUAAAAUUAUUAAUUGUGUGACGUUACUUAAAAGACUUCAAAAUGAACUAUGGCCGUAAAACGCCCUCCACUUAUCGCUCGAAUCCUUCGGUGUAUUCACAUGCGACGGGAAGAUCGUCUACUAAUUUGCACUCCAAGAUGUCGAGAUCCACGCGCUCCGUGCGCAUUCCAUGGUAUCAAAGGCCACUGCUCAAGAACAAUCAAUAUAUUGAUAUACAAAAAGGUGCCAUGCUAAUAGGACUGUUUGCUGUUUUUCUCUCAUUGUUCACCAUUGGCUCUACUAUAUUCGAUAUAUACUGCUAUGCUAUGGCUGCCCCAGGAUCCACCCAUUAUGGUUACUAUAUCAUAUCAUAUGAGUUUGUCUAUGUUGGCAACAAGCAUGUGCGCAACAUGCUCAUUGUGUUCGCCUUAUUCUCUCUAAUCUUGGCGAUCAUCAACUUUGUUACCAGUAUUCUGCUAUGCGUGGCUUUACGCAAGGAAUAUGAACGCAAAGUGUUGCCAUGGCUGUGGACAUUUGCUAUCUUCACUGUUUGGCGCGCCUUGGCUCUAAUCUUCUUUGCCAUUGUGAACGACUUGUAUUUCGCCUAUAACAUUCUUAUGGUCCUGCUAUGGAGUAUAUUUUGUCUAGUGUCUAUCUAUGGCUGGGCAGUUGUCUAUUCACUUUUCCUCGAGCUAGUGGAUUUGACAAAACUUGAAGAUCUGGCACACUUAAGAAUGGGCACAAUGGCUUCACUGCACGCAUCCACAGCCAACUCAUUGGCUGGCUCUCGCCCGACAACGCCCCACAGUACUGUGUCCACAAUGCCGGUGGGAUAAACAAUGCAUGCGCCAGUGUAAUAACUGCAUACAGCAACAUCAAACAACGAGCUUCAUUCAUCUAAAAGGUUCAUAGCGGCAUUCCACAUAAAAAUUAUCCGAGUACAUUUCAGUUGUAUAAGCAUUUUCACCACACCCACACAAGUGCCUAAACGACCUUUAUAACAAACAAAAACAAUUAUACAUUUAUUAUAUUAAGCAAUAAGUAUCAAUCCGUCCAUGUAUCACAAUAAUAUAUAUUUAAAU